UCCCAUAUUGGAUCAUCGCCCGUGAAGCCCGCAGCAAAGCCCAAUGGUUUUUAAGAGUCUAAGACUCUUGAACCCAUGGUUGUCACAUUGAGCAUUUGCCGGUAGUGAAUAAGAAUUCCAGCAACCAACGCUAUUUGGCUCCGGAAGAUGCGUCCAUGCCUUGGGAUUAGGGGUGGGCAUUCGGCCGGUUCCGUUCAAACCGAACCGAACAGAUCUAUACCGGGGUCCUAAUUCUAGUUAUAACCCAAACCAAUUCCGAACCGAAUUAUAAUUUGGUUCGGUUCGGUUUUUUCUCCAAACCCGAAAAUAAAAGCUGUUUCCGUUUUGGCCACUUGACUCCUGCGUUUUGUGGACACCUAUUUGGAAAAAAUGACAACUCUCUCGGCCUAUCUUCAUAUUUCUCCCCUUGACUCCUCAGAUGCAAUCUCCUCUCUCUGUCUCUCUCUCUCUCUCUCUCUCUCUCCAACCAACAAACGAUGUAGCGACGACGAGCACAAGGUAGAAAUCGAAGCAGAGCACACCCGAGCUGCACGACGACGGACGAUAGAGAUCUCUCCUCCUUCUCCGGUCUCGAAGCGGCGUAGAUCAUUAAGAGUUCAAAAAGGAAGAAAGUAAAUUGGCGGACCACGAAAGUCGGCAACGACGAUUGAAGACAGCGAUGGUGACAACUUUGGCGGACGACGAUGAAGGUUCGUAUGGCUUUAGAUCUAAGCAUGCAUGUCAUUUUUUUGGCAUACUUUUAUCUCUUUCGAGGCUCGAGCUUCAAAUCUUCAAUAGCAUCGUCUUAGUCUCUGUUUCUAUUUUCAAUUCAGGACUUCAGGUGGAGAAGAGGGUGUUGCGGCGGGGAAGAGAAAGCGGCGAAAAAAGGUCAAUCCCGGCGGACGGCGGCGAAGGAUGGCGGUGAAAGAUUGAUGUUGUCGAUCGUUCGAAUUGAAAGGAUGAUGGAUAGCUGGUGUGUGGUGGCUGCCCCUGCCCCCUGCGCUGCUUGUGAGAGAUGAGAAGAGAGUUGCAGCUGUUGCCUCUCUCGUUCAAUUCAUUAGGUUUAGGGUUGAGUGUUUGGUUAUUUGGGCUGGGGGGUGAGUUGAGUGUUUGGAUUUUAUUUGGGCUGGGGUGAGUUGAGUUUAUUUGGGCUGGGGGUGAGUUGAGAUUGAGCCAAAUCCAUACUUUUUCGGUUUUUCGGUUCGAAGUUCGGAACGUCGGUUCGGUUGGAAGAACCCUGGUUUCUAAAUUAGGGUAAUUUCUCUUCCGAAUUCUGAACUGAAUAACACAAUUUCGGUUUUGGUUCGGUUCAAAUUUGGUCCGGUCCGGUUCGGUUCGGGUUUACCGAACUGGAUGCACACCCCUACUUGGGAUUAGACAGCGAGAGUGAUAGGAAGGUCAAGUAUGGCGAAGAUGAGGCUGCUACAGCUCUUGUAGCCUUUUGACAUGUACCCAGUUGGCCAACACUUCUGUCCGUCCCGCAUUACCAAUCCCAAGAUUUUUCAAUUCCUAGAUAAUAGGCGGAAGGUCCACAAAGAAGCUGUGAACUUCUGUCAGAGCAUUUUACAGAGGAAGGCAGUUGAUUGGGAACCGGUUUUACGUGCUAACCUGUCUCAACUAAUUCAUAAUUUUGAUUUUGUUGUUACUGUUGGUGGUGAUGGCACUCUUCUGAAAGCAAGUCAUUUCAUGGGCGAUUCAAUUCCUGUUCUUGGAGUGAACUCAGACCCAACUAAAGUUGAAGAGGUUGAGGAAUUUGAUGACGAUUUUGAUGCUACCAGGAGCACUGGCUACCUGUGUGCGGCAACUAUGAAUAACUUUGAACAGGUUCUAGAUGAUAUCCUAGACGGUCGUAAACAGCCUUCCGAAUUGUUGAGGAUGUCGAUACGAGUAAACUCACAGCUGUUAUCAACGUUUGCCCUUAACGACAUAUUGGUAGCACACCCAUGCCCUGCAACAGUCUCUCGAUUUUCAUUUAGGAUUACAAGGGGUGACAAAUCAAGUACGCCACUAGUGCACUGUAGAUCAAGUGGCAUCAGAGUCUCAACUGCUGCCGGUUCAACAGCUGCAAUGCUCUCAGCAGGUGGGUUCGGGAUGCCGAUCUUAUCGCAAGACCUCCAAUACAUGGUUCGAGAACCCAUUUCACCUGCAACUGCUGUUUCUAGCUUGAUGAUGCAUGGGACUAUGAAGCCAGACGAGGCCAUGGAGAUGACUUGGUCCUCAGAGAAGGGAUUUCUAUACAUUGACGGUUCCAACGUUGUGCAUAGUAUUCAGUAUGGAGACACAAUUCAAACGUCUGCUGCAGCCCCUCAUUUGAAAGUUUUCUUGCCCAACAGGCUGGAGUCCUCAUGAACAAUUCAGACUAGAACCACUAAUGUAAAUAAGAAAGCAAAGGUCUGCAACAUGUUCUUGUUCUGGUUGUACACCUGUAAAGUUACCGAGGCAAUUCCCUAACUUCAUCAACGGGUUGCUCGGUGCUCCAAAUGGUAGGUUAGAAGCUUCAGCAGCUUUUCUGUUCCCAGAAUAAGGUCUGGCUGUUUGUUUGAGUAGUGUGCUACAGAAGUGCUGAGAUGUCAAAAUCAGAAUUCUCAGAGUUCUGCCUUGGUUGCCAUAUCUGCUUCCCGGGCCCUGGAUUUGCAGGACUUGCAACUGCCCAACCUGCAUCAAGUGCUGUCAAAUGGUUUUGGAAAUACUUUGUUGAAAGUUGGCAUUAGAAUUUGGCCUCCCCUUUAUUUGAUUUCAGCUAGAGGUGGGCAAUGGGAUGGAACGGGAUAACCCGUCCCGUUUGAAACGGGUACCCGGUCCCAUUUUGAGAGCAAUUUUUAUCUCAUGUCCCAAACCCGUACGGGUUAACGAGUACUCAUUACUCGUACGAGACGGAUAACAGGUACCCAUACUACCCGUACAAUUGGCGACAGUUAGGAGUAGCACCGUUGACUGCGUGCAAAAACAAUUGUGCUAUCGUUACGUACGAAAUGCUGCCAAGCAAACUUGAUCUAGAUAAAAGGAGACGCUGCAAAUGAAAAAUGAAGCAAGUGUUCUUAUCUUACUGAUGCUUUAUCCAUGAAAUUACCAGAGUUGAGAGAGAUUUGUGGUAAGAGUCAGUCUCGGACACUUCUGAUACGCAAUUAUAUUUUGUUCACUUCUGCUCAAUUCAACUUUGCCAUUUCUGAUGUACUCGAUUCAUUUAACUUUGGCAUAAUAAUUGGUAUAACGGGUAUCCGUAACAUCCAAACGGGUAUUAACGGAUAACCGCGGGUAUUUAAAGUAGUCAUUCUUGAUCUUAAGUCCCAUCCCGUAAAAACAUUUACGGGUAUUUGGGUACCCGUAACCCUCAAAAAAUGGGAUCGGUAUGGGUAUACCCAAAUACUCAUUUCCCGUUGCACACCCCUAAUUUCAGCAAUGGCACAAACUGAUUCACUGUCUAAACCUUGAAGAUCUGUUUGGGUGCUACUCAUUCUUCUUUGUGCCACCAGCAGUACGACUCCAGGAAGAGAAAAUAUUGGCUUUUCAUCAACCGCUCCAUCAAAGGCCAUAUCUCAACCAAAAAUUUCGGGGGCGUGAAAAUAAGAUCUGCUCCCUAAUUAUGCCCCUACCAACCCGACAACAAUAGUACUGGGUAAAAAAAAAAAAAAAGAAAUAGGAACUUAGUUCUCUUGAAAUAUAGAGUAGUAUACAACGCAACAGGCAGUGGGCACCAUUAACUGGGAGAAUCAACAUAGAGGCUUGCUGUGGAUUGUCAGAAUUCUAAUUUCUGCGUCGGUGGGGGGUUUCGACUCAAAUUCCACCGUGGUUUAUGUAUACCCAAACAGGAGAAUUGAGUCCAACUACUGCAUUUUGAGAAAACUAACCCCAAUUACCACAGCUAAACAGCCCCUUAGUACUGAGAGUGACAGUCAAAAUGAGACCUCCACAGGACUGCAUGCAUUAAUAGUAAAAAAACAGGAAUGCAGUGUGAAAUACAAGAGGCUAAUAAAAAAUAAGAGAGAGCCAUAACCCCAUUCAUUAAGCAAUUAACAGUAUCCCUUACAGUUGAAACAUGCAACAUUAACAAUACAAGCCAUCAACAUAUAUAUGGUAGCGUAUUCGGUGCACCCACUUAUUUUGGGUGCAUUCAAUGCACUCGCCUCAUAACCAUCAUUCCGAGAAGGCGAUUCAUUUGAAAAUGAUAUUAGUCAACACUUGUAGUUUGAUGAACAAGAAACACAUGAAUUUGUA